AUGUUGGAAGGAGCGCAAGUCGAUCCAAGACUGGCCAAAUACCUCAUGCCCCCAAAAGCUCGAUUCAAUAAAUUUCAUCUGGCAAAGUUGCCAAGUAUUCUGGAACUCUUUUACUCUAAUUCUCCUUCGUUUGGCGACGUUUUAGGCAAUGUGGAGAGCGAUUUGUGUGGUCAUACGCUCUUUUGCCGUCCUAAAAUUUGA